AUGGUCGCGUGGGACAUGAUCAGGGAGGUGUAUAGCUUUGUCCUUUACAGGUGGCAUACUUUGGAGCUGCUCAAGGACUCCAAGGACAAAGUGGUCGUUCGAUGCAAGUUUGUUGAACGAAGGAAAAGAGCUUGGUGCAAAAACCCAAGUAAAGGUGAGAGGCCGGACGAGGGGCGUGGCCUGGGGGGGCGUGUCGCCCGCCCGGAACCCAGAAGCGGCGGUCCUAGCAGUUUCCGGCCGCGGCGGCGGACGCUUUCCGCAGACGGACUGCCCCGUGGCACCUGGCGGGCUGAGGACGAGGAGGUGGGGGGGUUGACGAUGGACGAGCAGGGUCUGGAAGAGUUCCGCCGGCGCUGGCAGGAGGAGCUGGCACAGGCCCAGGCGCUGAGGAAGCGGCGGCGGCCCGAGACGGCCGAGCGGCGGCCUCGGCGGCCGGACGUGGCGGCCGGGCGCGGCGAGCAGGCCUCGGGGUACCUGGCGCUGGCGCAGGGCCUCCUGGAGGGCGCGGGGCGGCCCCCGGCGGCGCGGGCGAGCCGGGCCGAGAGGCCGGACGCGGCGAGCCGUUCCCGCUCCCCGCCGGUGCGCGAGGGCGCGGGGGGCGGGGAGCAGCUGGUGGACCAGCUCAUCCGCGACCUGAAUGAAAUGGAUGGUGUGCCCUUCUUUGAUCUCCAGCUGCCUUAUGAACUGGCGAUAAAUAUAUUUCAGUAUCUGGACAGGAAAGAACUAGGAAGGUGUGCACAGGUAAGCUGGUUAACAGAUGUUCGGGUUUUCCUAAAUGUGGUUAAAGUAUAUGAAGCUGCUGG